UCAAAGAACAGUUUUCGUACGAGGGUUUUUUUUGGUUAAUCUAAGUACAAAAUUGAGACAGUUAUUUACAAGGAUCUGUAAACUCUCGAGUCCUCGAGUCAGCAUAUUCAUCCCUGUUACUAUUGUUCGUUCUUUCUUAUCGGUUUCGAAUUCCGGACUAAAUAAUUAAAUUGCAUGCUUUCUCUCAACAUAUAGAAAUUCAUUUCACUAAAUAUGAAGAAUAAUAGUGAAAAUUAGAGCGCAUAAUCGACCUAAGCCAGAGAAUUAUUGUGGGCUUAUUAGCCAUGCUUUCUAAGACUGCUCCCUCUCCAUACCGAGAUAGGACAGCAGAAUUCCAUAAUGUAGUUGGAAGAUUACGGAAAUCAUCUUCUUAUAACCCUUCUUUUUCUCUCGAGAAUGGAACCCUUAAUAAUCCAACAGGGCUUCAUGGGGUAUCUCUACAAUCUGAGUUUAACAAAAGAGCAUCCAGGAUUGGACUUGGCAUUCAUCAAACUUCACAAAUGCUUUCAAGAUUGGCUCAAUUAGCAAAAAGGACAUCCAUGUUUGAUGAUCCAGCCAUAGAGAUUCAAGAGCUUACAGCAAUCAUCAAACAUGAUAUUAGUGCUUUAAGCUCUGCCAUUGCAGAUCUGCAAGUUCUCUGCGAUUCUCAAAACGUAAGUGGGAACAUCUCAAAACAAACGACAGAGCAUUCUAUUACAGUUGUAGAUAACCUAAAGAAUCGCUUGAUGAAUGCUACUAAAGAGUUCAAGGAUGUACUGACCAUCCGCACUGAGAACUUGAAGGUGCAUGAAAAUAGAAGACAGCUGUUUACUACUACUGCUUCUAAGGAUGUGAAAAAUUCUUCUUUACGACAACGAUAUCUGGGGCUGGGUACUUCUAGCAGAUUGAGUGUUAACCCUCCAUGGGCAAAUGGAUCUUCUUCACAGUUUCUGAACCAAAGGCAUCAUUCAAGUGGAGAGCCUUCUACAUUUCCUAGAACACAAACACAAGUUCAACAAGAAAUGGUUCCUGAACAGGGCAACUACAUGCAAAGCAGGGCUGAAGCUCUCCAGAAUGUGGAAUCAACUAUUAUGGAACUGAGUAACAUAUUUAAGCAGCUUGCUACUAUGGUUGCUCAGCAAGGAGAAAUAGCGAUCAGGAUUGAUGAGAAUAUGGAUGAAACUUUAGCAAAUGUUGAAGGAGCACAAGGAGCAUUACUGAAUUACCUUAAUUGGAUAUCAUCCAACCGGUGGUUAAUGGUCAAGAUUUUUUUUGUAUUAAUUAUCUUUUUGACAAUAUUUGUUAUUUUUGUUGCCUGAAAAAUAUAUGAAACUAAGAAUGUGAAAAUAAUACCAUACAAGAGGCGGCUGUAUCAAUACCAUACCAUUUCAGAUAUCUUACAAAGGUGGUUUUCUACUUGUAAUGUUGGAACAUACGAAAGAAUUGCUUCAAUUAUGAUUUUUCAUAUUUUGCGUGUAAUAUUCGUUUGGGAGAGAGAAUGGCAGGGAUGCAAUUAUAUGUGAGAAACUUUAAUUCCUGUUAAAGUUUGAAUUUCUGGCAUAAAUAAUAUGGCAAAAUUGAUUGAAUAUUUUUUAAAAUAUGGACCCUUUUGUGAGCCAAGUUUAAAGGUAA